CGACACGUUCCGUUCAUUGAAUAACCCGCCCGGAUUGCUUUAUUGACGCACGCGCAUUGAGGCCCAACAAAGGGCCGAAAUAAGAACGGUUCGCAAGUGUGUCUGAUGUAUUUAUGUCAUAAAAAUGGUGAAAUCUGUGAAGUGGCGAGUAGAAAUUAGGAUAUUCGACGUGUCGAAUCAUGACCGGGGCAUCUGAAAAUGCCUACCUGGUGCGCGUCCGUGCGCAAGUUAUGUGCCGCGACGAGGGCACAGGUGGCUGGAUGGCGCUUGGCGGCGGCGGACUUCUAUCUGGCCCUAUAUCAGCCAGUGAAACCGGAAAUCAAUAUGAAAUACGGUACGAAGACAGAAGUACAACCGCGGAGACGGACCCUGAACGCUGCCCUUAUGUGCAUCUCAGUGCGGUGCACGAAUAUGCAUAUCCCAAUGUGACGAGUGAAAUUACAACAGAAAGAGCGCCUUCCACCACUAACCCGCCAUUGCUGCAAGGGGAAUCAGGGUCAAUAAAGAAAUGCAGCUACGGAGGUCCCCCGCCGCUGCCAGAUAAGAAACCAACUGAUACAUUCCAUGCGAGGCUAAAGUGCAGGCACUGCCACGAAUGGUAUUUGGAGAGUGCGAACCGCGCAGGUGCUUGCGAAUUCGCGCCCGACUGCUGCCGCACCUGCAUCGACUGCGUCUCCUGCAUCAAGUGCGCACAGUGCAUGCUGUACCACUGCAUGUCGGACGCGGAGGGCGAGUUCGCGAUGCAUCCCUGCGCCUGCAACAAGCCUGACGACGCGUGCGCCAAGAGAUGGAUAGGCGUGGCACUGCUAAGUCUGUUAGUGCCGUGCCUAUGUUGCUAUCUGCCGCUGCGCUGCGCACACCGCGGGGCGCGCGCGCUGCGCCUCGCCGGCGGGCACCACGCGCCGCAGCGCAACUAGCAGGCACGCGCCCACGUGGGCGACGUCUUGUCUACGUGUGAAACAAGCUUCACCCACGUGGAUAACGCGCCGUCUACGAGUGGGACGUCACGCUGUUAAGGCGCCUUCGCGCGCCCACGUGGGCGACGCCUCGCCUACGUGUGGGACGUCACGUUUCUACUGUACGACUACAUACGCCC